AUGAGGACACGCCGUCGUAACUACACGACAGCAACUAAGCCAUCAUCCUCGUUACCCGAAGCUCUCACAGUGAAGCCCAUAGUUCCAGUGUCCGGUACAAAAAGAAUCCAAUCAUGCAAUGCAAAAUAUAAAAGAUCAAAGAAGAAGAAGAGUAUAGCAACAGGACUGUGGGAUCUACAUAUUCCCACAGAGAUCCUGGAGAUUGGAAUCACACCAACUUAUGAUCACUUGAUGAUCAGUAGAUUCCAAGCUUCACUUGCGGAAGAUGACUGGAAUCUUAAUGGCAAUCCUUACCUCCUUGAUCCACUAAACCCUCAUCAUCCGUCUCAAAAAUAUAAGCUCACUUUCCCAUACAGGAGGUUUAAACCUGAUGGAAAAUCUUAUUCUAAGGAUGGUUGGGUGCUUGCGAAAUUAUCAACUCGCAUGGAUUCAUUACUUUUUAACCCCUUUACCAACAAGUUAUUCUGCUUACCCAACGGGUCACUCUAUCAUUCAAGGUCUCGCCUAGCUUUCUCAGCUGCUCCUACUUCCACUAGCUGUGUCGUAAUCUCCUAUGCUCGAGUUGUAGAAGAUUUUCUCAUCGAAACUUGGCGGCCUGGUGAAGACACAUGGACCACCCAUCGCUUUGACAACUCUUUUCGUGGGUGGGACAAAUGUGUCUUCUCCAAUGGUGUGUUCUACUUUCUCAGUACUUGCGGCUGCCUUGGUGUUUUUGAUCCGUGUGAAGCAACAUGUAAGCUUCUUCCAGUGAAACCUUACUUUUCCACGAGGAGCUGGAUUCUACAGUGUUCAUCAUGA